UCCAGUUCCAGUACAGCACCAGCGGAGAAGGCAAAACCCAAACAACCCCGCGUCUUCCUGUCUCGGUCCCCUGCGCACAGCGCAUCAGCCUCCCCUUGACGCCGCCGCCGCCGCCGCGGGAGACAUGAACCAGCCGGUGCAGAAGAACACCCUAUACGUCGGUGGGCUGGCGGAGGAGGUGGACGAGAAGAUCCUGCACGCGGCGUUCGUGCCCUUCGGGGAGGUCAAGGACGUCAAGACGCCGCUCGACCAGGCUACGCAGAAGCACCGCUCCUUCGGCUUCGUCACCUUCCUCGAGCGUGAGGACGCCGCCGCCGCCAUGGACAACAUGGACGGCGCCGAGCUCUUCGGACGCGUCCUCACUGUCAACUACGCCUUCCCCGAGCGCAUCAAGGGAGGGGAGCAGGGAUGGUCCGCGCAGCCAAUUUGGGCUGAUGCGGACACUUGGUUCGAGAGGCAGCAGCAAGAAGAGGAGAUGCAGCGCCUGCAGGCAGAGCACCGUGCAGCAAUGCAAGCAGCAGAGAAGCUGCACAGGGAUAAACUGGCCACGGAAAGAGAAGGCGAGAAAGAAGAGACAAAUGCCAUGGCAGAUCCCAUGGUUGCAGCAGAAGCUCAGGCCUUGAAUCAAAGUUCUUAGAACCGGGAUAUCAAAUUUAGAACAUGUACGACUUUCGUGUCAUUGUCAAAGUACAUACUUUUUCUCACCAAUGGAUACAACUAACAUGCUAAACUUGCAAGUGAUGUUUGUUUAACUGAAAGGAAUCCUAUCUGUCCAUUGAAGUGGGAUGCUUCUGUUCCUACUUCCUACUA